UAUACGGAUAUCUUCAAUAUCUUCCAGAGAGAGAGAGAGAGAGAGAUCUAGAGAGAGAGAGAGAUCAGAUUAAUUUAAAUAGUUGAGGAGGCAACAACCACUCAUACACAAUUGCUGCUAGGUAGCUUGGCAAUUUCAUUACGCAAAUUAAGUGGUGAAUGUUGCCUCCCUCCUCUCUCUUGUAGUACAUCUUUUUUGUGAUUAUCUUGCUAGCUACCUUGUCUAGCCUUGCGAGAUUUUCUGGAAAGCUCUUUCUUUCACAUCAACAACCAACUAGUCCUCCUCAGGAAUUUGGGAAGAUCAGAAGCGUUUACAUUAUACAUACAUACAUACAAAAGAUUUAGGGAAAUUAAUAUGGGUGCUCCUUUGUCUGCUUGGCCUUGGGAAUACCUAGGCUCCUUCAAGUAUGUACUGUUCGGACCCUUGAUCGGAAAAGUCUUGUAUUCAAUAAUCCAUGAGAAAGAGGAUCCCCUCACACUACUCACCAGCAGCUGGUGUCUCCAUAUUCUCCUUCUAUGCAUACUUCGAGCCGUAAUUCACCAGCUAUGGUCUAGUUACACCAACAUGCUCUUCCUCACAAGAAAUCGCCGGAUCAUCCAACAGGGGGUUGAUUUCAAGCAGAUUGACAAAGAAUGGCACUGGGAUAACUUCAUAAUUCUUCACGGUCUGAUUGCCUCCAUGGUCUGCUGUUUAGUGCCAUCAUCUCUGCAAAACCUACCCUUGUGGAAUACAAGAGGAUUUAUUACCACUCUGGUACUUCACGUGGGAGUUUCGGAACCUUUAUAUUACUGGGUGCACAAACGUUUUCACAGCAACAACUACUUUUUUGACAAUUACCAUUCACUUCACCAUUCAUCUCCAGUACCACAGACCUCUACCGCUGGAAAUGCAACCCUGUUGGAACAUCUGAUAUUGAGCAUAACUAUUGGAAUUCCAGUUUUUGGUACGAAUCUGAUGGGUUUUGGAUCAGUGUGCAUGAUCUAUGGCUACGUUUUGGUUUUUGAUUUUCUGAGAUGUUUGGGGCAUUCCAAUGUUGAGGUCUUUCCUCAUCAACUCUUUGAGAAAAAACCGUUCCUCAGAUAUCUUCUCUAUACUCCAACAUACCACAGCCUGCACCAUACUGAAAUGGACACCAACUUCUGCCUUUUCAUGCCUCUCUUUGAUGCACUGGGGAAGACACUAAACGCGAAAUCCUGGGGACUACAGAAAGAGAUUAGCUUAAAUGCAGGUAAAAAUGGCAAGGCACCGGAUUUCGUUUUCCUCGCGCAUGUGGUGGAUCUGUCGUCGUCUUUGCACGUGCCGUUUGUUUUCCGAUCAUUCUCAUCGAUUCCAUUCUCAAUGAGACUCUUCUUAGUGUUUGGUUGGCUUCCAGGCAUUGUAGCCAUGCUAGCAAUGUGGGCAUGGGCUAAAACUUUCCUGAUUUCUUUUUACAACCUCAGAGGCCGCUUGCACCAGACAUGGGCUGUGCCUCGAUACGGCUUUCAGUAUUUUUUACCAUUUGCUCUAGAUGGCAUCAAUAAUCAAAUAGAGCAAGCAAUCCUUAGAGCUGAUAGAAUGGGGGUCAAGGUCAUCAGCCUUGCAGCAUUAAAUAAGAACGAAGGACUGAAUGGGGGCGGAACGCUUUUUGUGAACAAGCAUCCAGACCUUAGAGUUCGAGUGGUCCAUGGAAACACAUUAACUGCUGCUGUCAUUCUCAACGAGAUUCCAAAGGAUGUCAAGGAGGUUUUUCUUAGUGGUGCUACCUCCAAGCUUGGAAGAGCUAUUGCCCUCUAUCUUUGCCGUAGGAGAGUACGCGUUCUGAUGCUGACUCUGUCAACGGAAAGAUUUCAAAAAAUUCAGAAGGAAGCGCCAGCAGAUUAUCAACAAUACCUUGUGCAAGUAACAAAGUACCAAGCCGCGCAAAAUUGCAAGACAUGGAUUGUGGGGAAAUGGAUCACACCAAGAGAGCAACGUUGGGCCCCAAGUGGAACUCAUUUCCAUCAGUUCGUGGUUCCACCCAUCUUGCAGUUUAGAAAAGACUGCACUUACGGUGAUCUUGCAGCCAUGAGGUUACCUGAUGACGUUGAAGGCCUUGGCAUCUGCGAGUACACGAUGGACAGAGGAGUAGUGCAUGCAUGCCAUGCGGGAGGCGUUGUUCAUUACCUGGAAGGUUGGAAUCACCACGAAGUCGGGGCUCUGGAUGUUGACAGAAUCGACCUUGUAUGGAAUGCUGCUCUUAAACACGGUUUAAAGCCUGUUUCAUCGAAGCCAACUUAAUUUACUGUUUCAUACACCGGAGUCAUGUAUUAAAGCUUUGGGUUGUGUGACAUAUGCACUACUGGAUAUUUAUUUAUACCUCAAUGCAGCAAAAGCAUCCAUUUCUAUUUUAA